CAGUAUGCCCCUUGAAAUCAGACACCAUACUUAUCUUGUGACAAUACUACCAGGGGUUUUUGUGAGAAAGGAAGGUUCCAAGGGCCAAGUGAAAAAAGGCUAUUGUGGUUCAUAUAAGAAAAAAAAGGCCAAAUCCAAUGGGCCAAGUCAAUUGAAGGAACUACGCAACUUGGGAGGAUAUUUACAAAUUGAAAAUCUGGGACAUGGAAAAGAUGAGGCGCGGGAAUGUAAAGAUGCAAAUUUAAAGGAGAAACAUCACCUUCAACGACUAUUAUUAGAGUGGGAUGCCUCCGAGUGGAAGGGCUUCAGCCACAUCCAAAUCUCAUAGCGUUGGAAUUGCAGAAUUAUAUGGGUGUGAGAAUUCCAAGUUGGGUCUCUUCUCUCACUAAUCUUGUUCAUUUUGGAUUAAAUAAAAAUAGGAGAUUGCAGCACCUCCCAUUGUUAAAUCAACUCCCUUUUCUCAAGUUUGUCACUCUUGUUGAAAUGGAAGCACUUGAAUACAUAUGGAUAGAUGAAGAGAGUGUUAGUAACGUGUUGGGAGCUUCCUCUUCUUCUUCUUCUUCUUCAAAAACAUCAUUCUUCCCAUCCUUAUCUUCUCUUGAAAUAAGAUAUUGCCUAAAAGUGAAGGGAUGGUGGAGGAAUUUAGAUGAUGAUGAUAAUGAGCCACGCCAUCUCUUACUUCCAUCUCUCUCAGAAUUAGUGAUUGAAAAAUGCCCUAACCUGACUUAUAUGCCCGCAUUUCCAUAUUUGAAAGAAAGGCUGGAAUUGAGUGGGUGUAGCUGGAAGGUAUUGGAGCAGACAAUGAAAAUGAAAAUGGGAGCGGCAACCACACCAACCUACUUUCCUCUCUCUCAAUUACAGAAAUUACAAUUAGAUCAGAUUAGCAAUUUCGAUUCUCUUCCAGAGGAGGGGUUGCGGAACCUCAUUUCUCUCCAGGAACUCUAUAUACAAAGCUGCGAUGGACUAGUUUCUCUCCCUUGGAUAGGCAUCCUCACAUCACUGCAAACCCUUAAAAUUAUGAGAUGUCCCAAUCUGACAUCACUUCCUCAAGAGAUUCGCAAUCUCACCUCUUUAAAAGAGUUGUACAUUUCUGGUAGUCCCAAUCUGACGUCAAUUCCUCAAGAGAUUCGCAAUCUCACCUUUUUAAAAGAGUUGUACAUUUCUGGUUGUCCCAAUCUGACUACACUUCCUCAAGAGAUUCGCAAUCUCCCUUUAAUAGAGUUGACAAUUUCUGGUUGUCCCCUCUUAGGGCAAAGAUGCAAGAGGCAAAUAGGUGAAGAUUGGCCCUUCAUUGCCCAUGUCCCAUUUGUAUUUGUGGAUGGUUAGAACAAUUUCUUAAGAAUCUGAGUCUGAGUCUGAGUUAGAGUCAGCCUCUUCUUCUUCAGAAACAACUGAGAUAAAGAACAAGCUUGGCCUCAAAAUUCGGAACCUUUUCAAAAAUUGCAAUUGUGCAACGACUCAAGAACUAGAAUUCAGUGACAAACUUUGAAGUCAAAGAAGAAUGAGAGAAUGACUGAAUGUGUCUAAUUUGUCCAUUCAUGCACAAAUUCAAAGGUUGUUAUACUCAAAACAACAACAUCCAAGUUUAAGAACUAUCUCUCUCUGCUAAAGCGGUGGCCCUUGCUUCUUGAAUUUUGGUUGUGGAGUCCCUGUGUGAACAUGAGGCAGAAAAACAUGGGUAGGAGGGAAAGACCAUAAGAGUGGAAUCCUCAAUUGCGUAUUUAACUUUUCGAUCACUUGAUUUAUGACACAGAACAAAUCAAGGCAACAACAAACCUGGCUCAAAAUUUUGACCCUGUUCAGAAAGUUUUGGCCCUGAAAUUGUGUGAUAAGUAGUGGACUCAAUACAAUAGAGAAAAACUUUUACCACUUGAGGGGAGUAUCUACCAUGCCAACUAACAGUGUGGGA